CAAUUUUGUUGGUCAAAAAAGAUACCGAUCUCACGAAACUCAAUUUCGUCUCGUUCCGAAUUGAGCUUCUACUUGGUCCACUGGAGUACUCGUUCGUGAAUUCAACUUCGACUAGCCAAAGCAGGAUAGAUUUCGUUAAUGGGAUACCGGGACGCACCGCAGCUUGUAUUAUGGAAGCCCUCGAUCCCUCCGCCACAGUCCAGCUACUACAGCCAACGUCCAUCAGUCGUCCCGGUCCUGUGUGCGGGAAUGGAGAAAGGGUCUUCCAAACUUCCUACUGCGUACUCCGUUAAUUGCGUCGUAUCAGCCACAGAUGGCGCUCUUCCUGCCAGCGAACCGCAGUUGUUUACGUGAGGUACCUAGUCCAGCUAUAUCGCAUACAUCCCACGUAAUCUCGUCUCUUCGGUCACCGCGACGCACAUUUGCCGCCAGUUGUGAGGAAGCCCUUAGUCCCCCCAUCACAGUCGAGCCAUUCCUGCCAGCGACCAGCAGCCGUCCCGGUCCUGUGAUGGAGUUGGGACGAAGGAUCUUCCGCAAACCUACCUCAGGCAAGUACAUUGCAUCUGUGAGCUCUCCCUUGCCUCAAAGCUCUUCGAUUUCUAGCCUUGAUCAACGACGGGAUAAGCUGCUGUUAUACUACCAAAAUGUUGGUGGUAUCAACUCAAUCGUCGAGCAAUACCGCCUUGCAAUAUCCGAUAACAAUUUUGACAUCAUUGUCUUCGUCGAAACGAGGUUGAACGAUGACACGCUUUCCAGUCAGGUGUUCGGUACUGGAUACGAGGUAUUUCGUUGCGACCGGAGCCCUAACAAUAGCCGAAAAUCCACCAUUGGCGGCGUAUUAGUAGCAGUUAAUACCAGUUUGAAGACAAAAAUUGUCGAGAAUAUUUCUUGGGCUUGCCUAGAGCAGGUUUGGACGAUUAUAGAGCUUGGCGACCGUAAGUUGUACUUGUGUGCUUUGUAUGUUCCACCCGACCGCGCUCGUGAUAUCGAAUAUGUUGAAGCACACUGCAGCUCAGUUUUUACUAUCCUCGAAGACGCUAACGCAGUUGAUGAGAUCAUGGUACUAGUAGAUUUUAAUCUUCCUAGCAUUUCAUGGAAGUCUUCCCGCAACGGAUUCCUUUAUCCGGAUUCGGACCAUUCCGUACUCCACCCAGGUGCAGUGAGGCUACUUGACAGCUCUAGCUCAGCGGUCAGCCACGUUACUAAAAAUAAAUUCUAUUGCCAAUGAAAAUAACCGCCAUCUCGAUCCUUGUUUUGCCAGCGAUCAGGUUUCUGCCACAUCAAUAGUGAUGGCAUCCUCCCCGAGCAAAGUCCAACAUCAAAAUUACA